AUGGCGCUCUGGACGGAUGAGACUGCGCUUGCGACCGAGCUCGCCGGCGGGCGUGGGCGAGGGCGAGGGACUGGGGGACUCGAUGUCAGGCCGCCGGCGCUGGUAGGAGUCGCGGAAGGACGGCUGGCUGGGCGAGGACGAGGACGCCCCAGGCCGCUGCGGGAGGGACAUCUAUAUAUCCAGCGGUCUCAUCCACUCGAUCAUGCACGGAGAACCGCUGCCGUCUCUGUUGCUCGGUCUCUGGGUGGUCUUCUUGGUGGUGGUGAUGAUAUCGAUGGAUGGUGUAGUCGAGCAGGCCAUCAACCUGUCCUUCUUCGUCUUCUUGCUGGCUUUGCUGUCUCUGCUGGCUUUGCUGUCUUUGCUGGCUUUUUCGUCCUUUUGUUGAUGUUUGAAAACCGAAAGAAAAAGAAAAAAAAGAAAGACAAAAGGAAAAGUCACCCGAAGAAGUUGAUAUUCACAGCAAAAAGAAGAGAAAAAGAAGAGAAAAGGAGACAAAAGAGAGUCAAAAGAGAGUCAAAAAAGGACAAGAAGAGGCCGGCAGGACGGCUGGCGCAGGCUAGCAGAGGCCGGCCUGGCAAGCAGUCAAGUAGAGCGAGCGAGCGAGCGCUGGCGGAAGAAGAAAAAGGGGCUUCGCCUUGCGUGUCUCAGAUCUAUAUAAAAGCUGGCGAAGAAGUAAAUACAGAACUCCGAGGAUGGAGCAACAGUGACGUUGAGGAUGACAGGAAGGGAAUAGACAUUAUAAAAGCAAUGCUGCGAGAGAAGAUAUAG